AUGUCGAAGAGGAAGCGAUGUGUCAUCUUUAGCGACUCCGACUCGGAGCAUGAAUUUGACUCGAAACUUAUACCACCGCCACGCAAACACUCUCGGCAUUCACCCAACAUGGCGGAGGAUAAAGUCAAGAAACGCUCCAUCAAGGGUCACAAAGUGGACUCCAAAUCGCCAUCGGCAAGCGAACACUCACCCAGCAGGGAGAAGGUUAAGAGACACACAAAUGAUGCCGAUCAUCAUCCUAGAAGGAAGAAGAAAGAAGAAAAACACAGAUCAAUCUUCGAAGAAGGUGACUUGGACACUGAGGCCGAUGCGCCCCGUGGCAAGGUGCAGCUGACCAUUGACGAAAUUAUGCGAGCUGCCCAGGAGAAGAAGUCAAAAGAAGUCAAGGCUGCUAAGCCGGUUAAAACUCUGGAGCACUUCUUCUCGGCCAUGACCAGUCCUUCCAGCAGCAAAGCGGCGUCUAAAGUGGUGGAGGUCAGCGUAGACGACUUCUUCGGCUCUGCUGCUUCUUCCAGCAAACCACUGAUUUUCGUGUUUUUGUUUUCCGCGGUGCCGAAGGCCCCCUCUACACCGACGAAGACCGCGCCGCUCACCCUGGUAGAGGAAACCCCGAUCAAGGAGGAUGAGGAGGAAAAGGCGCCUGUAGGCAAAUCUUCCGAUAAGAAGCGCAAACACAGACACUCCAGUCCCACUGCGUCCCCCUCGAUG